CCGGGCCACGUCCGCAUCGCCCCCAAGUUCUGUGGCAUCUGCGGUACCGAUGUGCACGAGUACACGGGCGGUAACAACCUGAUCCCCAAGCCGGGGGCUCCUCACCCCAUCACCGGCGAGACGCACCCGCUCACCCUCGGCCACGAAUUCGCCGGCAUCGUCGAGGAAGUCGGCUCGGGUGUCAGCCACAUCAAGGCCGGCGACCGCGUGUGUGUGCAGCCCAUCAUCUACGACGGCGACUGCCGGUCCUGCAAGCGCGGCCUGGUCAACUGCUGCGACCGCAACGGCUUCAUCGGCCUGAGCGGCUGGGGCGGAGGCCUGUGCCAGUCGACCGUCGUGCCCGAGUCCUGCGUCAAGAUCCUGCCGGAUAACGUGCCCCUCGAGGUCGGUGCCCUGGUCGAGCCCCUGGCCGUCGGCUGGCACGCCAUCAAGAUCUCCCCCUUCCAGGAGGGCGAUUCGGCCUUUGUCAUCGGUGGUGGGCCCAUCGGCCUCGCCGUCAUCCAGGCCCUCGUCGGCCGUGGAUGUUCCAACAUCAUCGUCAGCGAGAUGAGCCCGAAACGCCGCCAGUUUGCCAGCCAGUUCGGCGCCCACCACGUCCUCGAUCCCAGCCGCCAGGACGUCGUCGAGGAGGUCAGGAGGCUCACCGGCGGCCUCGGUGCGGACGUCGGCUUCGACGCCGCCGGCUCCCAGUACGCUAUCGACACCGCCUUCGAAGCCCUCAAGGCUAGGGGAACCCUCGUCAACAUUGCCGUCUGGGGGAAGCGCGCCGGCAUCAACAUGAAUGAGAUUGUCUUCCGCGAGAAGGCCUACCUUGGCGUUGCCACUUACAGCCUCGGCGACUUCGAGGAGGUCCUUGAAGUCAUCUCCCAGGGACGCAUGGACCCCUCUGGAAUGAUCACCAAGAGCAUUACCAUGAACGACGUCGUCAACGAGGGCUUCAAGACACUCAUCGAGGACAAGGACUCGCAUGUCAAGAUCCUCGUCGACAUUGAUGCCAGUGUAUAA